AUGUUUGACAAGUAUCGUCGAAAGUCCGGCGUUGGAGCCCUGUCAAGUCCCCCGUCGCUGGACCAUGAAUCACGUCCCCCUCGCCACAAUGCAAGCCAAAGUCUCGAAGAGCCACUCGUCAGGAACUUCUCGAUGAGCGGCGGUGAAGCGCAAACCGAAAACGAACAAGACCUCACACCCAAGGGAGCCCAUCCCGUCUGCGUCACCAACGACGACCCCAAAAGCAAAACUCCGCGAGUCUCGACCUUAUUCCAAGACUUCUCAAUCCGCAACGAGCCCAAACCUCCACACAACCCAAACCAAACCACACAGCCAGUCUUCAAGCCAUGGGCCCCAGACAUCGCCCUCCUCCUCACAGCCGCCUGCCUCCUCGCAGCCAUCUUCGCCACCACCCUCUCGCAGGACGGCAAGCCCCAGCGCGACUGGACGCUGCCCAUUACCCUUAACGCCCUUGCUAACGUCCUCUCGACGCUCUUUCGCGCGUGCGUCGGCGCUGUCGGCGCGGAGGUGAUUCGCCAGGCGCGAUGGACGUGGUUCUGGUCUGAGGAGCGGCGGAUGAUUGAUCUGCAACACUUCGACAGUGGGAGCAGGGACUUGCUUGGCGCGCUGAGGCUGGGCGGAGUGGUUAAAUGGAAGAGCCCGGCGACGGUGAUGGCCGUCUUUGCGGUUGUGGCGUCGUUUGCAGUUGGACCGUGUGUGCAGCAGGCUAUCGGGACGGUUGAGAGGGCUGUGGUUGAUCCUGGGGACGUUGCGAGUAUUCUGACGGCGCGGAGUGUUCAUCUUGAUUCAUACUUCUUUGAGGCGAUUUACCGCGAUGAGGAGGAUGGCCAGAAGGCGGCUGAGACGAUUAUGCGGCCUGGGAUGAGGAUUGCGCUGCAGACGGCUAUACAGAAUCCUCGCGGUGUGGAAUCUGCAGUUUCGCCUACGUGUCCGACUGGGAAUUGUACUUUCAUGGGGCUCGAGUCUGGUGCGCCGGUGCUUGAGCUCGGUGAGAUUACACAUGCGUCUACUGGUCUUUGUUCUAUCUGUACGGAUGUCACAUCCCUCAUCAGCGUCGCCGAGAACAACAGCUCGAUAGCGUUGCCGAACGGGAUGAACUUCUCCACGGGCCGAACGGCGACGGGCAUGGCGUUUGGCUCGGGAGAUCUAUCUUGGGCUAACAGCGUCAUGUCUGAGCGAGCUGUAUCUCUGGCGAAGCAGGGUUUGGCCAACGUCACAGUCCUCACCACGCAGAGCCCCAUCGCCGAUAGAUACGGCGCCGCUUUCGUCCAUACCCGCAUGGCACUCUCCUGCUCUUUGUACCUCUGCCUACGGAGUUACUCGGGAGUGGUCCAGAAAACCCAGCUCAGAGAGAAGCUCGUUUCCGAGGUUUCAACGUACCAUGACCCGAUGUACGACGGCAUCGAGCACCAGUGGGUCAAGAACGGAAGCUAUCUCGCCUCCCGCACGCCCUGCGUAAUGAACGGACGAAACUACACGGCCGAAGCCGAGGCCGGCAGCCUCAACAUCACCACGUUCUGGGCGCCCGACGCCGCAGAGUGCAUAUACAGCGUCGCCCCGACCUUCGCCGACGGACUGUCGUGGUUUCUCAACGACGCGUUCAACGAGACCUGCACCUUUAGCGCGUUCCAGGACGGGAACCUCUGGUGCAAGAACAACUUCUGGCUCUCUGAGCUAUGGUAUCGGGGCAACGCGACGGUUGAGCUUGUUUCUGGGCAUUUCGCGGAUAUUGCCACUGCAGUGACGAAUCAGCUCCGGCGCGGGUUGGGGAGGCAGGAGGGUUCGAUGUCUGGGGUUGAGGGCCAGGCGCUUCAGUACGUUGUGUUUGUGGUUGUUGACAAGGGGUGGCUCGCCUUUCCGGCUGUGCUGCUUGGGCUGGAGGCGGUGUUGCUGGGUGUGAUGAUUGCAAGGAGUUGGCGGUUGAGAGAUGAGGAAGCUGUUUGGAAAAGCAGUAUUUUACCUCUGAUCUUCUAUAGGAGACAGUUUGCGGGGUCUGGGGAAGUCGUUUCUUCUGAGGGGCGGUUGAUGACGGCGAAGGAGAUCGAGACUGAUGCGCGGAACAUUUGUGUGAAGUUUUCUCGGGUCCGGACGGGAGAUGAGAUGAGUCUGCACCAAAUGUCUCAAAAGCCGAGACUCCUGUGCCUCCACGGCGGGGGCACCUCCGCCCAGAUCUUCCAGAUCCAGCUCAUCAGGCUGCAGCGCAUCCUCGACGCCCGCUUCGAGUUCGUGUAUAUCGACGCGCCCAUGGACUCGGCGCCCGGGCCCGGCGUGCUCCCCGUCUUCGAGGGGUGCGGGCCCUACCGGCGCUGGGUCAGCGACGACCCCGCGACGCCCGCGGACGAGUUCCAGGCGCAGAAGGACGCCGCCGUGUCGUUCCUCAAGACGUACAUCAAGGAGAACGGCCCCUUUGCCGGGUUCGUCGGGUUCUCGCAGGGCUGCCGCGCCAUCUCGAGCCUGCUGCUCGAGCACCAGCGCGGGGAGGAUGAUUUCUUGGGGCCUGAGGCGAAGCCGUUUGCGCUGUUCAUCUGCGGCACGUUCCCGCCGUUCGUGCCGCACGAGGAGAAGAUCACGGCGCCGACGGUGCACGUGGUCGGGCUGGAGGACCCGUACGAGCCGGCGAGCGAGCAGCUGUACGAGCAGUGUUCGGAGAAGAGCACGCGGAGGAUUUUGAGGUUUCCGGGGGGCCAUCACCUGCCGACUGCGCCGGAGACGAUACAGCAUGUUGCGAACAUGACGUUGAGUGUUUACAAGGAGACGUUGAGGAAGUGA